UACACGCACCCUUUCGCAUUUCUCGCACACUUCUCCAUCGUCUUCCACCUCCCAACCCUUGGCAGCUGCAUGCAGCAUAUCAUGGCGUUCACUCGCCUCCUCGUUGUCCUCCUCGGCGCUGCAUUUCCGCUGCUCUUAUUAUUCUCCCCUGCAGUGGCGAGUGAAUUGGGCGUGAGCUACGGGAGGGUGGCGAACGACCUGCCGGACCCGUCGUCGGUGGUGAAGCUGCUCGGAGACAACGGCAUCACCAUGGUGAGGAUCUACGACGCCAACUCCAACGUGCUUAGUUCGCUGGCCAACACGGGCAUCAAGGUGAUGGUGAUGCUGCCCAACGAGAACCUGGCGGACGCCGCCUCCAGCUCAGACAAAGCGCUCCAGUGGGUGCAGAACAACGUGGCCGCAUACUACCCGGCCACCAACAUCCAUGGCGUGGCGGUGGGCAACGAGGUGUUCAACAGCAAGCCCGACCAGAACUUGAACCUCGUCCCGGCCAUGACCAACAUCCAGAAGGCGCUGGCGCAGCUGAACCUGGCCGACGCCAUAAAGGUGACCACGCCCAUCGCGUUCAACGCGGUGGCCGUGUCCUGGCCGCCGUCGUCGGGCGCGUUCGGCGACGACAUCGCGCAGCUGGUGAUGAAGCCCAUGCUCCAGUUCCUGCAGCAGACGGGCUCCUACCUCUCCGUCAAUUACUACCCUUACUUGACUUACAUGGCCCAGCCAGACACUUUCAACCUCGACUACGUCCUGGGGAACAACCCCAACCCCGGCGCGGUAGACCCCGACACCCAGUUCAAGUACAACAGCCUCCUGGACGCCCAGCGCGACGCCACGUACUACGCCAUGGACAAGCUGGGGGCAUCGUACUCCAAUAUGGCCGUGCACCACACGGAGCACGGCGCGCCUUCAGGGGGCAGCCUCAGAGGCGGCGGCGGCGGCCACAGGAGGCUUUUACAGGCCGGAGGAGUGGCCACCAUAGCUAACGCUCAGACCUACAUCAACAACCUCAUGAACCGCGUGCUGUCCGGAAACACCGGCACGCCGCACCGCCCGAACGCCGACAUGAACGUGUACAUCUUCGCGCUGUUCAACGAGGACCAGAAGGGCACCGGCGCUGGUGACGUCGAACAGCACUUCGGCCUCUUCUACCCCAACAUGCAGAAGGUGUACGAGUUCGACUUCCGCGGCGGCGGCGUUCCGCCGGCGCCGGGGGCGGAGAGCUGGUGCGUGGCAAACGCGUCGGUCGGGGAAUCGUGGCUGCAGGCGGCACUCGAGUACGCGUGCGGCCACGGCGCCGACUGCAGCGCCAUCCAGCCCGGCGCGGCGUGCUUCGAGCCGGACACCGUGGUCGCCCACGCCUCGUACGCGUUCAACAGCUACUACCAGCGGAACGGCCGGAGCAACGGGACGUGCGACUUCAACGGCGCCGGUUACAUCGUCUACCAAGAACCAGCUGGCACCUGCGACCCGAACGCGAGCUGGUGCGUGGCGAACGCGGAGGUCGGGGACGCGCGGCUUCAGAAUGCCCUGGACUACGCAUGCGGCAACGGCGCGGACUGCAGCGCCAUCCAGCCCGGCGGGCAGUGCUUCCAACCCGACACCAAGCCCUCGCACGCCUCGUACGCGUUCAACAGCUACUACCAGCACAAGGGACGGGCUAGCGGAACUUGCGACUUCUCUGGUGCCGCCUCCGUUGUAUACCAGCAACCCAAAGUCGGAAACUGUGUGCUCCCAUCGAGUGGUUGAUGAUCAACGGAAGAAGCAGCAACGAUACAAAAAGCGAGGUCCUGAAGACGAUGAUCGAUAUGCUACUAUACCUAAUAGGUAUACAGGGAUAUGAGGAUAAUUUUAUUCUGUAUUAAGACGAAGAAGUAUAGAUAAUAAAGCCCGGAAACCGGCAAAUCGACCGAGCGCGGGUCCUCCUUACUCUUAAAACCCUCUGAAAGAGCAGUGUAAGACAUCAUGUCAACGUUGAACGUCACUGCUAAUAAUAAUGCUGUACAACCGUUCAAUCAUCAGUUGCUUUCUUAUUAUU